ACUGAGUUCUAAAAGUUGCUCUUCUUUUACUGUUGAAGUUAAGCCAUUGCAUCACUACAUAGAGUUUGACAAUCACGAAAAAUGUUGCCAUUUGGUUGAAAAUCAGUUUAGGCAAUAAUAACAUUUUAGCUCACCUCAAACAGUGCUGUUAAGAAAUCAGCACAACCCUCUCUACGAGAGCUUGCUGCCAAAAUAUGUAUUCACCGACAUCUCUUCCACUGGCACAUGCUCUUGUGGCAUCCUCCUCCUCGUCCAGGGUAAAUCCAAGUGAUCUGGAAGACUCUUUACUCCAAUUGGUCCAAGAGCACCACCAUGCCUCCCUCAGAAUCCACAAACUCACUGAGAAGGCACAGAAUGAAGCCACUAAAAAGGCAGUGUGUGUGGCAGAGCUUCUGGUGGAAGCAGUGAACGGUGGGGUAAAAGAGCUGUUUAUAAAGGAGAAACGAACUGAGCUUGAAAUACGGGCAUCGACUGCCACCAUUUCCUCCUUUAUCCAACAGACUGAUCAGUGGCUCUCAUUCACUCGUUCUAUUAACACUGCCAUUAAGGAAAUCGGAGACUUUGAGAACUGGAUGAAGAUAAUGGAAUUUGAUUCUAAAAGCAUCAAUGCAGCUAUCCACAAUAUUCACCAAGCAUAAUCUCACAGGUCACAGCAACUUGUUUCAACAGUCACCGUUCUAUUUUUUGUUUCUCAGUGAAGUACCUUAAUCAUGGAGUGACUUAGUACUGCACUUCAUAGGCCACCUUCUGUCCCGCCCGUUUUAAUGCCCAAAUUUGUUUUGCGGACACUCUGCACUUUGCCUUCACCAAUCUCUCUACAACCAAGGGAAAAGGAAAAGGAAAAGGAGGGUUUAGCAACGAGGAAGGCACUACUUGUGUUUGAGUUUUUAUCACUGUGCACUUUUCCUCUAACUUGCUAAUUUGUUGGACGUUGUCUUGUGGAGUCUCCACCUUUACCU